AUGAAAAUUGCUUUUGAGGCUUCGAAAGAAGAAAAGGAAAAAAACGAAGACGAAAUAAAACAAUUGAAAGAAGAGCUGCAGGCCACGCAGCACGACUUGGAAGAGUCUGAAAAGAAAGCAAAAGAAGAAAUGGUUUUGCUGCAAGAACUGAAAAUAGAACUUGCAGCUUUUCAGAGGUUUGAUGAAAGACUCGAACAGUGCUUCACCAUGAUCGUCGAGUCCGAAACGCCCCCCAGCCAAGAACUCGUUGCCCCUUUUCUCAACUUGAAAAUCCCCGGCUAUAAACUGCUGCAUAAAACCUUCAAUUUGGCCUCGAGGCUUUUUGCUUUAAAUCAAAAGUUCAAAAAAGUGGAAACUGAGCUGGAGGCGUCGGAGGCAAAGCGGAAGCAGCUGGCUGCGAUGCUGCAGGCGGAGCGCUGCAGCAGCAGCAGCAGCAGCAGCAGCAUUUGUUCUUUCCCUGAGCUGCGGGAGCGUUUGCUGCAGCUGCAUGCAAGAUGCAUAGCAGCAGAAGCAGCACUAAAAGAAGAAAUAAAUAAAAAUGAAAUGCUGCAGCAGCAAAGAGCAGCGCUUGCCAGCGACCUCAAGAGGUGUCUAGACACCCGAACUGAAAUGCAACGCUGCAUCGAAGCUGCUGCAACAAACAGCGCAUGCAUUUGCUGCUGCGUCCUGCAGCAGCAGCAGCAGCAGCAGCAGCAGCAGCUGCAGACGCAGCAGGAGCAGCAGCCAAUUCCAAGUGUGGGACAGCAGCUUCAGCAGCAAAUGAUGCACCAACCGCAGCACAUGCAGCGACAGCAGCAGCAGAAUCAGCUGCAGCAGCAGCAGGAACAGCUGCAGCAGCUGCAGCAGCAGCAGCAGCAGCAGCAACAGCAGCAGCAUUGCCAGCAGCAGCAGCAGCAACUGGCAUCGACAUCCUUGCUUAAAGCAACACUGCCUUGCCUACAACAGCAGCACUUGCUGCUGAGACACGCGAGCCAGCUGCAGCAGCCUUUUCAGCAGCAGCAGCUUCUGCAACAGCAGCAGCAGCAGCUGCAGCAGCAGCAGCAGCUGCAGCAGCAGCUGCAGCAAGGAUGCCCGGUUUAUGAAGAGCAAACAAAGGCUAGUACAUCUUCUGAAGGGCCAAGCAGCAGCACCACUGCAGCAAGCUGCUGCUUCUCAGGAGCUAACCGCAGCAACAGCAGCAGCAGCUGCAGCAGCAGCUGCAGCAACAGCAGCAAAUGCUGCAGCUGCAGCAGCAGCUGCUGCUACAAUGUGCCCUCUGCUGAGAGCCAUGUGCCAGCUGCAGCAGCAACAGCAGCAGCAACAGCAGCUGCAACAGCAGCAGCAGCAGCAGCAGCAGAAGCAGAAGCAGAAGCUCCUCGGCAUCACCACCGAAAGAAAUGUAAAUUUCAUUCCAGACUAAUAAGCAAGGAAGAGACAGGAGCUGCUGCUGCUAGUUUUGGUGCUGCUGCUGCUGCUCUGCUGCUGCAGCAGCAGCAGCAGAAGCAAAAACAACUCGAAACCAGCAGCAGCUGCAGCAGCAGCAGCACACAGCAGCAACAACUGCAGCAUGUCUGCGUCUUCUGUACCCUAAAUAACCCCAAAUGCUGCAGCAGCAGCAGCAGCAGCAGCAGCAGCAAAAUUUGUUUUCCCUGUUCUUUGCCCAAUGCCGCAUCUCACUGUGCUUUGCAGCAGCAGCAGCAGCAGCAGCAGAAGCAGACCAUGGCAGCAGCAGCACUAACCAUAGCAGCAAGCAGCAGCAGCAACCAUAGCAGAGAGCAUCAGCAGCAACUGCUGCAGCAACUCGCAGUAAAAGCAGCAACAAGUAGAGCAGCAAUAAACAGCAGAAGCAGCAUCAAAUGCUGCCAGCCGAUGCAGCACUAG